UUAUGGAAAUUACCGUGGUCCCAGGAGUAUAUCGUGCAGCGGAAGACCUUACCAUCCUACGAAUCGAUAGUAUGCCUUGAACGGCUGGCUGUGGGUGGUGGUUGUAUCGCCAUGCACGUACGUCCCUCCCAUGUACUUUAUACCUUUCUGAACUCGGCGCUCGGAGUGCUUCUACGACCAUGCCCUACCGUAAGUCCACGCCGCCCCAAUCGUACCUUUGUGCCGUUGUAUUGCACACCGCCUAGCCAGCGUCCCGGCCGCAGCUACCCGCGUCUCACAGCUAACGCACAGUUGCACCACAUCACUCCGAGCCCUCGCCGGCCGCGCCUAUCCUACGCAAACAACUCACACCACGCACCAUGUAUAAAUCGCGCGUCGCCUCGUCUGUCGCCCGCAGCAUGUACUUACAUCAUUACUGGCGCCCCAUCGUGUAGCCCACCAAUAUCACGCUUGCGCACGACAUCCCUACACAGCACUCACGUCGACCGGACGUUCCCUAUUCCCGACAUACGUUGCUGAAAGGAGCAUUAUGGCUAGGGCAGACUCGACAAAGGUAGGCCUGCGCCGCUAUUCGAAAGUAGCGUGUUUGUAUAGUUUGUUCGCAUGAGUGCUGUGGCGCUG